CUUUCCCUUUCAUCUUUCUCAUUGACCAAUGGGCUUGAAGAAUUAAGGCCACGCCCCCAUUCUGCAUUCUAGUGGGGCCCUGGUUACGCCUCCUCUGGCUCAGUCACACAGCCGCCUGGUAGGUGACUGGAGGUGUUCGCUGAUGUGGCCCCAACCCUGCCUCCCUCCCCACCCCAUGAUGUUAGAAGAGACUCGACAGAGUCAAUUGGCAGCAGCCAAGAAAAAGCUAAAAGAAUAUCAGCAGAGGAACAGCCGUGGUGUUCCAGCAGGAGCGAAGACAAAAAAGAAGAAAACUGGCAGUAACCCUGAGACAACCACUUCUGGUGGUUGCCACUCACCUGGGGAUAAACAACAGAAGAAACAAGUGGAACAUCAGCUGGAAGAAGAAAAGAAAGCAAACAAUGAAAUACACAAAGCACAGACGGAGCAGUUAGAGACAAUCAACAUCCUCACGCUGGAAAAGGCAGACUUGAAGACCACCCUUUACCAUACUAAACGUGCCGCCAGACACUUCGAAGAAGAGUCCAAGGAUCUGGCCGGCCGCCUGCAAUCCUCCUUACAGCGUAUUCAAGAAUUGGAGCGGGCUCUCUCUGCUGUGUGUACACAGCAGCGGGAAGAGGACAGGUCCUCCAGCCGCAGUGAAGCAGUCCUCCAGCGUCAGUUACAGCAGACCAGAAAGGAGCGGGCGCUGCUGAACGCACACGUGACACAAGUGACAGAGUCACUUAAAAAAGUCCAGCUGGAGAGAGAUGAAUGUGCUCAACAUAUAAAAGGAGAGAGGGCCCGGUGGCAGGAGAGGAUGCGGAAAAUGUCGGUGGAGGCUCAUGCAUUGAAGGAGGAGAAGAAGCGUGACAUACAUCGGAUACAGCAGCUGGAGAGGAGCUUGUCCGAACUCAAACACCAGAUGACUGAGCCCCCAUCCCUGGUGGACCCAGCAGGGACCUCUGAGGUGGAACAGCUACAAGAUGAGGCCAAACACCUGAGGAAGGAGGUGGAAAGUCUGGAGGGAAAGCUCCAAUCCCAGAUGGAAAAAAAUCAGGUCUUGACUCUCCUGAGCAAGGAACAAAAGGAGAGACUCCAGGAGCAGGAGGAGAGGCUCCGAGAGCAGCAGGAGAGGCUUCAAAAGCAGGAGGAGAGGCUCCAAGAGCAGGAAGAGAGGAGGUUGCGGGAGGAGGAGAGACUGUGUGAGCAAAAGGAGAGGCUUCAGGAGAAGCAGAAGAGGCUGGGGGAGCAGGGUGAGAGGCUGCGAAAGGAGGAGGAGAGGCUGCGAAAGGAGGAGGAGAGGCUGCGAAAGGAGGAGGAGAGGCUACAAAAGCAGGAAGAGAGGCUGUGGGAGAAGGAGGAGAGGCUGCGAAUGCAGGAGGAGAGGCUCGCGCUCUCCCAGAUGCACAAGUUCAACAAGCAGCUGGCCGAGCCACAGUGCAGCUUUGAGGAUCUGAACAACGAGAACAAAAGCACACUGCAGUUGGAGCAGCAAGUAAAGGAGCUGCAGGAGAAGCUGAGCAAGGUGAAUGAGAUGCAGCUGACCUCUGAGAAGCAGGAGCCGCACAGGCAGUUACUGCUGCAGACCCAGCUUGUGGACCAGCUGCAGCAGCGGGAAGCUCAGGGCAAAGCGGUGGCUGAGAUGGCCUGCCAAAAGUUGCAGGAGACCCAGGAGAGGGAGUCGCUGAGGACAGGGCCCCGAGGGGGACGACCUGGAUUCAUCCAGCUCUCUGGAGCGACAGAUGGCAUGAGAGAGCACAUCACGGUAUAUGAGAGCCAGGGGGCAGAGCCAAACACUCAGCACAAGGAGGAGGAAGCCAGCAGGCUGGCCCAGAACGAGGAGGAGAUGAAGGUGAAGCUGCUGGAGCUGCAAGAUAUGGUGUUGCCGGUUGUGGGCGACCACGAGGGGCAUGAGAAAUUCCUCCCUGCUGCCCAGAACCCUGUUAAUGAGCCCGCUCCAGGGGCCCCAGCCCCCCAGGAACUUGCGGCUGCAGAGGAGCGGGGUGAUUUUCAGGACAGCGUGGAGCCUGCACCGGGACAGGCCAGGGAGGGUUCUCCCUGUGACAAUCCCACUGCACAGAAGAUCCUGCAGCUGCUUCCUGUAAUGCAGGACACCCAGGAGCACCCAGGCUUGGCCACCAAACCCUGCGUGCCAUUCUUUUACCGGGCAGCCAAGAACAGGAAGAUAAACAUCAUCAUCAUCUGAGAGCUAGUCAAGAAAUUUAAAAACAACAACCAAAAUUAUGGGGUUAAUCCCCUACACAAUUCAUCUACUUCAUUGGAAUGUUAGAGCCACUCAUGUUUAUUUAUGUUUCUAAUUUACAGUUUAAAUUUAUUUAUAAAAAGUUAAGGGAGAGUGGGUCUUUCCCUGAUGUUCACUCUGGCAUCCGUUAGCAUUUUUGUUUUUAAUUGAUAAUUGUAGGUCAUUAGCUCACAUAUCGAGUUUGCCCUUACAUGGUGGGAGUUCAAACACACAAAGAUCCACUAUUUGCACAAAACUAUUUUUACUGGUUUGGAAUAGGCUGCCCUGCUUUUUAAAUGUUAUUGCAGCAUGUAUAUUCAUUACAGAAUUCAGAUAAAAUUUGCUUAUGUUCUGCUA